AUGCAUGUUCCUCUUGCGGGCUCGAAGGCCACGGACGGCAUGCUCUACGAGAGCUUUGAGGAAGCUUGGAACGACACUACGCGCUACUGCUCGGUCAAGGAGGACUUGAUCUGGGGCUACACUGCCGUAGUUCGAGGGGCUCACAAGAUAGCAGGGAAGUACGGACGGGACUGGCCUUCGCUGCUACAGGAAGCCGCCGAAGCCGGGUGUAUCACGGCUGGAUUAUUGGCGUCGGGGCCGCCCGAGAAGGGUCCAGGGAGAAGCUGGAUGGCCGAAGUGUCGACCAAUCCUUCCGGAGACUACACCUUGACAGCCUCCUUCCUACAGCAGUCUCCGCACUUUGGUCCAGUGGAGAUAACGGAUAUGGGUAUGGUGACUCAAGGCACGAUUGUGACGGUCGAGGUCGGAACGUUCAACUUCACCAACAACAAAACACCAAUACGUCUCACCUCCAGUCAGUGGAUAGUCAACUUGGGUAGUAAUCUCCAUGGAGGUGGAUGGGAGAAAGGGGCCACAGGAAUAAUCUUCACCCAGAGAAGUGGAUUUGGGGGAAACGCAGCAGCGCUCAUAAUGGUAGAAGAUAGAUCACCAGGACAUUACCGCAGAAUUGGAUGGGCGGCGGUUGACACGCCUAGAGUUGAGCUCGCAAAGGUCAACGUUUGCAUAGGAUAG